GUGCGCAUGCCUGAACCUCAUCAUUACGAAAGAGAGGAGACGGUCGUUGUUUGAAAACAUUUAUAUAUACAUAUAUAUAUAUAUUUAUAUAUAUAUGUAUAUAUAAAUAUAUAUACACACAUACAUACAUACAUACAUACACACACACACACGCUCAUACAUAUAUAUUUCCUGUGUCUUCUCUCUCCCUCUCUCUUUCUCUGUCCUCUCUUUAUUUCGCGUCUUCAGUUUUUGGGGUCACCCCCCUUCGUUUAUUUACCAAAAUAGCUGUUAAACCCCCUAAUUGAAAGAUGGCUGAAAAUGGACAGGAAGAAGUAGAUCCAUCACUGGAAGAUCAACUUUUAGCUGAGGACGAAGCUGAAGAAUCUACAGAAACCAUGGAGAAUGGUCACUCUGACGAUUAUCAAAAAUUAAUCGAUCAUGGAAUCGAUAAGAAAGUAGCUGAUGAAUUGAUUAAAAUAUACAAAACUGGGAAACUUUCCCAGUCUGAUUUAGAUGACAGAGCAAUGGAUGCUCUUAAAGAAUUUCCUGCUGAAGAUGCUGUAUCUGUGUUGAAACAGUUUUGUGAUAGCAGUUUGGAACAUGUUGCUAACAAAAGUGCAUUUUUAUGUGGACAGAUGAAAAUGUUUCGACAGAGAACAAAAAUACAAGGAAUGCCUAACUCUGCUGCAAAAGGCCCCGAUGAAACCAAAUUAAAAGAAAUAUUAGCUCGUACAGGUUACACACUUGAUGUUACGACAGGACAGCGGAAAUAUGGUGGUCCACCACCUGAUUGGACAGGCGUAUCACCAGGUUCUGGCCAUGAAGUCUUCUGUGGGAAAAUCCCAAAAGAUAUAUUUGAAGAUGAGUUAAUUCCGUUAUUUGAAAAAUGUGGCAAAAUCUGGGACUUGCGGUUAAUGGUUGAUUCAGUGACUGGCUUCAGUCGAGGAUAUUGUUUUGUGACUUUCUGUGAGAAAGAAGGAGCUGUAGAAGCCAAAAAGCAGCUUGACAACCAUGAAAUUCGAAAAGGUAAACGCUUGAAGGUGAACAUAUCCAUUGCCAAUGUUCGCCUGUAUGUUGGCAGUAUUCCAAAGAGUAAGUCAAAAGAGGACAUUAAAGAAGAAUUCUCCAAAUUAACAGAGGGUCUUGUUGAUGUAAUUGUUUAUGGCUCGGCUGACAACCCCAAAUGGAAGAACCGGGGGUUCGCCUUCCUUGAAUAUGAUUCCCACAAGAGUGCAUCUGCUGCAAAACGAAGAUUUACUUCAAGAAGUUUGAAAGCUUGGGGAGGGGAAUUUGUUGUUGACUGGGCUGAUCCUUUAGAGGAACCUGAUACAUCCACCAUGUCCAAGGUAAAGGUAUUGUAUGUAAGAAAUCUUACCUCAGAUGUUACAGAAGAACUUUUAAAAGAAAAAUUUGGAUAUUUUGGUAAACUAGAACGAGCUAAAAAAAUAAAAGACUAUGGUUUCAUCCACUUUGAAGAACGGGAAGAUGCUUUAAAAGCUCUUGAAUCUCUGAAUAAUCAAAAAAUUGGUGGUAUGGAGAUAGAAGUAUCAUUAGCAAAGCCUCCCACGGAAAACAGGAAAAAGGAACAGCGCAAACGAGAACAGGAUCGUAGAGGUCCUGUUGCCAUGUACCCAGGAUAUGACGACUACUGGUGCAUGCCACCAGGACGCAUGCCACCACCUCCUCCUCCACCACUUUCUGGACGUGGCAUGAGGCGACCACCUCCCCCACCCCCUCCUCCUGCCAGGGGUGGUUAUGAUCCUUACUAUGAUGACUAUUACCCAUAUCCUGAAGAAUAUGAUUAUUACGGAGCAUAUGCUCCUCCACCACCUCCUGGACCACUUCGAGGUCGUGGAAGAGGUGGAGCACUGCCACCACCUGUAAGUGAAAGCUUAUUGUCUGUCCUGAUUUAAACAUCAUUCCUUUGCUUAAUGUGAUUCAAUUCACCAUAAACUCACACUCCUAACAGCUAUAU